GGGGCUUGCGGAGCUGGGUGCCCGUCCUCGCGCCGUGGUUGUUACCCUGUAGCGACCGGGCUCGCGAGAGGGAUCUUCCCGGCUGGGUAAUGGAUUUUGAGAAUCUUUUCUCAAAGCCCCCCAACCCCGCCCUCGGCAAAAAACCGGCCACGGACUCUGACGAAAGAAUCGAUGAUGAAAUAGAUGAUACAGAAGUUGAAGAAACACAAGAAGAGAAAAUAAAAUGGGAAGUUAAUCUGGAGUGUGAGCAAAUUCCCAAAAAAUUUAGGCACUUUGGAAACUCUACAACUCUGCCCAAGAGUUUGCUACAUAGAAAAUCAAGAAGUAAGGACUAUGAUGUAUAUAGUGAUAAUGAUAUCUGCAGUCAGGAAUCAGAAGACAGUUUUGCCAAAGAGCUUCAACAGUACAUACAAGCUAAAGAAAUGGCAAAUGCUGCUCAACUCCUACCAUUUCCUGAAGAAUCUAUGAAGAAAGAGGGAGCAAAAGAUACUCAGCAGGCUGCUAAACAAAAAAAUAAAAAUAUUAAAGCUGGUCACAAGAAUGGUAAAAAGAAGAAAAUGAAGCGGAAAUGGCCUGGCACUGGAAACAAGGGACCAAAUGCUUUGCUGAGGAACAGUGGCUCACAGGACGAGGAUGGUAAACCUAAAGAGAAGCAGCAGCAUGUGAGAAUGAGUCAGGGAUUCAUCAACCAACAUACAGUGGAAUACAAGGGAAAACAAAUUUGUAAAUAUUUUCUUGAAAGGAAAUGUAUUAAGGGAGACCAAUGUAAAUUUGAUCAUGAUGCAGAGCUAGAAAAGAAAAAGGAAAUGUGUAAGUUUUAUGUACAAGGAUAUUGUACCAGAGGUGAAAACUGUCUGUAUUUGCAUAAUGAAUAUCCUUGCAAGUUUUACCAUACAGGAACAAAAUGUUAUCAGGGUGACUACUGCAAGUUUUCACAUGCCCCCCUGACUGCCGAAACACAAGAACUGUUGGCUAAAGUAAGUACAAUUUUAAUAAUCUUUUGUUUUUCCUUUUUAAAGCAUAUAUUUGAACUAAGGAUGAGAAUUUGAAGAUACUGUUCCUUAAGGAGAGGGCCUCCUUAGGAA